UGUCAUUAGUUUGUCUGAUUGAAUUACCACAAAUCUCCAAAUUCGAACAAAAUUUCCAGUCAUUAUGGUCGGAAAGUCGCCGAGGUGUACUCGCCAGAAGGUGAACUGGUCAGAUCUCCGUCAACCAUUGCUUCAAUUGAUCAUCAAAUUCCUGGGAAAUGAUGUUGACAACUUGCGCCGUUUCCGAUCAGUCUGCAAAAAAUGGCGCAAAUCAACCGCUUUUUCAGUUCCCGCUUCCAUCAAUAACACCUGCUUAUGCUCUUCAAUCAUUCUCCUCCGCCCCCGCGGUGUCUCUGGCACUAGAUGUACGCCGUGGAUGGUGUUUUCUGUCAAGAUCUCCGAAGGUACUAAUCUCUUUUUCCACCCUUUCUUUGGUACUCCUCUCAUUAAUAUCCCCCAAAACCUCGAUUUAUCCCAAUUCCACACUUCCGAGUUGGACAUAGCCUACCAUAAGCCUGAUAUCGGCGAGAUUGAUAGCCUGUUGCCAUUUUUCAGCCCUGAGAAGUUAAUGUUGUUACAAAGAAUGCCCGAUUUCGAUUCCAGAGGGGUUAAAUGUUUAUCUAUUAGAAAAGGUCAAGUUUGGGAUGAACAAACUGAUGAUAUUGUUAAUUAUUUGUGGAGGAUUUGUUCAAUCGACCGCAAGGGAAACAUUUAUUCAUUUUUCUUAAGUAAGAAAUUUUCAGUUUCUAAAACACUGUGUUGUAAUACUGCUUGUUAUGAGAUGGAAUUACAUGAAAUGAGAUAUCGAAAACGGCUUGUCACAAGCUCCCCAUCUUGUAAGAAUUUGUAUUUGGUGGUUAGGAAGAAGGAAAUGUUCAAGGUUUACGAGUUAUCUGUGGAAUGUUGGUCAUCACAGUCAUGGAAUUGUGUUGAGGUUCAGAGCUUUGGGGAUGAAGAUGGUGGUCUGGUGCUGUUUGUCACUAGAGAGUACAUUUUCUUUGCUUCUGCUAAAGAAUUCCUUGGUUGCCAAUUAAGGAAUUGCAUUGUUUUCACCUAUGAUUCUUUCCCUCCUUAUUCCGGUGUUGAUUUGGAGAUACAAGAUAAGGGUAUGAUUUACAUAUACCAGCUUGGAGGAAGUUCUCAUGUUUUCAUGCCCAUUUCGUCUUACCCGGGUUUCCCUCUUCAUCUUUGCUCACCUCCGUCUUGGGUUUUUCAGGCCCCCCACUCAAAAUCCCUUAGGGUGGCUGACAAGGGAAAGAAGGAAAAGAAGCAACCUUUUCAAAGCUGUCAAGAUGGUGUAUCUUUGCUAGAUCGUGCACAGCAUGAGUUUGCGCCCCCAGUUGAACCUGAACCUGAACCUGAGGCACAGACCUCUGAUAUUCCUUCUGUUUUUGUAGAUGAAAAUAACACUACAGGAACUCCUACCGUGAAUGCUCUAAAUCAUUUAGCUGACGAAGGUCCGGUGAUUUUGAGGGAGGAUAUCAUACACUCUGUAUCCAGGGCUUCUAUAACCUCUGUGAACCAGAGCAACAGAAGUGAUAGUUCAACAAUCAAAUUUGAAGGACUUGAUAUAAAGCCUAGUCUAGUCCCAACAUUACAAAAGAUUUGGUCAAAGCAUGGGAACAUCAUAGAGAAUAGCCUCAUGUCUAAUGGUGAUAUGAAAGCUAGGGCGCUAGAGUCACUUGCUACAGUGGUACUCAUUCUUGAGGGUAACUCAGUCAGGUCCCUGAGUGAUUGCCAAGUUGAUUAUUUGAGCUCUGCAUUGUCUGACUUGAAAUGUAUUCGCUUUGAGGUAGACUGGCUAGUCCCUUUUGUUAAGAAGGCUGUAGGACUAUACAAAAACAAGCCCUUGAUUGAAUCUUUGAACAAACUCAGCCAAUUAGACGACCAAGCCAUUGAACGCAGAGCACGUCUGCUUGAGGAAUUAGCUAAACUUGAUGAGAUGCGAAAAGAACUGAAAGAAGACCAGGCAAAUCUGACUAAGAUGAUUUCUUUUUCUGGAGAAGUGGAUUUGGACUUGGACAUACCUUUAGGAGGGGGAUUGUCAUAAAUUGAAUGAUUGUGGGUUCUAAAUCACCUAAGUGUGUUUUUAAGGCUAGGGAUAUGAAUGUAUGACCCUGUUUGUGUUGUUUCUUUUGGCUAGACAAUGAUAGUGUUCAAUGUUAAUCGUGAAUUCUCAUGAUUUGUUUAGGGUAUUUACUUGUAUCGGUUAUAUCGGCUACUCGUAGCAUAGUGCUUACCUAUAUGUGUGUACCAGUGUGAGUAUCUGGUGUUUCGAGGAUUCUUGUGAUAUUUGUUUGAAGGAAAGAAUUGCUGUCACAUUGUAACAAACAAUAAUGGAUGUUUGGAGUUUUCUGGUGGAGAAUGCCAUAUUAGUUGUUGGCUCUUAUCAACUGCAAUACUCCGUAGAUAAUAAGUUGUGUUAUUAUUUGGGAUAUUUUAGACAGAAUACUCCAUUUUCUACUAUUCACAAAAUAAACGUUACGGAUAUUCUUUGUUUUGUUGUGCACCAUACAUUAAAA